AUGGUUCAACCCGGUGAAGCACGCUGGCAUGUUGCCCGCGAUCGCCGAGAAGAUGUUAAACUAGGACGCUCGCCGGGUUGGAAUCCGGUACGAGCCGAGCGUUCUAGGUACUGCAUCUAUACAUUCGUGAACAAGAACACGGUAGAUCGAGUAAGUGGACGGACUGAUCUACGCGGUAAUACAUGUCAUCUGCAUGCGAAAUUUGCCGCCAAGGUCUUAAGUCUACAUCGAUCGGACGACCUCUGCCGUUCUGACGCCGAAGUGCCCUUGGAUCUCCAGUCUGGAGAAACGCGGGGCUAUUGGAAGCAACGCAGACCGGAGGAAUGGUUCAAGCCAGCUGAUGGAGAAGUGACGACCGAGAUCCCGGAGCAUGAUCGCGAUCGAAGUCGGCCUCGCGUCAGCGAACACCGCAGAUCUGGCGAUGUGGUGCCCGAUCUCCUCCCUGGGGAGUCCAGAGGAUACUGGAAACAUCAUUCACUAGGUAAGUGGUUCCGUCAGGCCAAGAUCACUGGCAAGAUCAACAAUGAGAAGUCGAUCUUACCCUUAGGCACCGGCGCCGAGGUGUCCAUCGUGGACACCGCCUUCGCUCGUAAGGUGGGCUGCUACAUCGACACGAGUCAGAGCCAGGAAUGUGGGGGGAUUGGCGAAUACGUGUACAUGACGGAAGGAAGGACCAGGAUCAAGGUUACGCUGGCGGGAUCGCUGGUGUAUUUCUUCGAUAUCUGGGUUGGCGAUCUAUCAGGACAAGAGGCGAUCCUGGGUAUGGACUUCAUGGUUCCGGCGGGGAUCCGCCUCGAUCUUGCGGACGGCUCUAUCUGUCUCCCCGACGAAGUCAAGAUCCAGCUUUGCGGACGGCGUCAGCUGUACAACAACAAUGUCCGACACGUGUGUGUGGAUCAGGGAAUGCAGAUCGCGAUCGGGGAUUCGAUCGAGCUUCCGCUACGAAUGAAGGUGACGGAUCGAGAAAAGCUGUGGGUCACCCGUGGAGAUCGCUGGGUGCCGACCGUGGUCCGAGGACCCGGCAGGAUCCGAUAUCUCCAGGUUACCAACAUCAGCGACAAAGACCUCGUCUUGCAUCGGAAUGAACGGAUCGCGAUGUGGCUGGCUAGAGAUCGGAUACCCCGGAUCCCAGGAUAUGUGUCGAUCGGAUCUCGUCGAUACAUGGAAUGGCAGAAUCUAGCCUUUCAAGCCACGACAGAUGACCGGCCGACGAGCCAGGAGGCACCAACGGGACCUCCAGUAUCUGCCGUCGAGCGACCGAUUUAUCCUACGCCCCGAGCCAUUCUAUUGAGGGUUGCUGGUCUUGGGUACUGUGUACCAGUUGUACCUAUUAACCGGUUAACCCGAACCGGUCCAAUCCGAACCCACGUUGAUUAUGGUGAUAUUGAGGGUUGCUGGUCUUGGGUACUGUGUAUCAGUUGUACCCAUUAA